UGCAGCUCUACCCAGUUCAACUUUGCAGAGGCGAGCUGUGCGCAGACCUGCUCCGUAGUGCUUUUCGCUCGGAGCCACUAUGGCCCUGUCUUUAAGCCUGACCAACUUCACGCUCUUCUUCACUGGCGGGCUGCUCCUCUAUCAUUACAGCAACUCUUUUCGAUACUAUUUUCGGGUUUGUUUUUUAAUUGGCUGGAUGUUGGGCAUGUCCCUCAUUGUACUUCCUAUUGUGGCUCUCCGGGGAAGAAACGUGGCAAAUAUGAGAGUCCUUCGCUGGGUAAUGUUGCCUUUGAAAUACAUCCUCGGCAUUAAGAUCAGGGUACAGGGCACUAUGAACUUAAACCUGGAAGGGCCGUACGUCAUAGUCGCCAAUCAUCAGAGCAAUGUGGACUAUCUUGGGAUGCUUCAGGUAUUGCCCAAGCGAUGUGUCCUCAUUGUCACGAAAGAGAUCUUCUACAUGUUGACAGUGGGGGUGGUCUGCUGGCUGAGCGGCUUCAUUUUCAUUGACCAUAAGAAGACAGCAGACACCAGCAGCAGCAUGGCAGCAGUCGCAGACACCGUGGUCCGGGACAACUUGCGGGUCUGGGUGUUUCCUGAAGGCACCAAAAACUACUACUCUGCAAUGCUGCCUUUCAAAAAGGGGGCCUUCGAUUUGGCUGUGAAAGCCCAGGUUCCAGUUGUUCCUGUGGUGAUGUCCUCAUACCAACAUUUCUUCAACAAGAAGAUCAAAAAAUUCACAUCAGGGGAAGUGACAAUCAGGAUCCUACCGCCAAUGAAGACAGAAGGACUUGUUUCAGCUGAUGUCCCAGAACUUACAGAGCGUGUGUGGGAAUCCAUGCUGUCCUCCUUCCAUGAGAUAUCGGGAGGCAAAGAGAAACAAACUUGAAUCACCAAAGAAGCCACCUGUUGCCAAGGAACUUAAAAAUACCUCAUACACACUUUGACCCACAAAAUCAUGUUUAAUAAUAAAAGGUAUCAAUGUUUGCUCAGAAGCCAGAGGUUUAAAAACAGCAUGGGUUAAGAUCUGCACAUGAAAUUUUACUUGCCACAAGACAAUAGAAGAUUAAGAGGGUGCCAGGAGAAGACAGUCAGGACAGGAAGGAGCCGUGGCUGCGUGGUAGAGCAUUCCCUUGGCAUGCAGAAAGUCCCAGGUUCAGUCCCUGGCAUCUCCAGGUAAAAGGAUCAGGCAGUAGGUUAUGUGACAGACCUCUCCUUGAGACCCUGGAGAGCUGUUGCCAGUCUGAAUAGACAAGAAUAAACUUGGUGGACCAAAGGUCUGAUUUAGUGUAAGGCGGCUUCAUGUGUGUUCAUGUGUCUCUUUGCCCAUCUUAAUUGUGUUCAAAAAAGGAAUAGAUAAAGGACAAAAACAGUAAGCUGGUAUCUUACAGUUUGAAAAAACUUUUUUAAAGAUAAGGGCGGGGGGAGUGCUAUGGUCUUUAUAAGAGUGUCCCAGUCAUGAGCUCCCAUGGAAUUCCUUUGUUUGUGCCACUCACCACAUAAGAAAUAAACAGCCUCUCUCUGCGGCUUAGACAGCAAACACAUCGGUUUUGAUCUGUGAAAAACUGGAGGGCAGGCCGCCACUGCUGCCACCCAGACUUCUGUUGCCUUUCCUGUACGAGAAGACAGCAUUGUGAGGCGAGCACCUGUUGCCAUAACAACCGACUCCAGCAAAGAAGCGCCAAGGACAGCUUGGUCUGGGCCAGAGUGAUUCUGCUUGGAGGAAACCUUCCCAGCCUCAUUGUGAGGCAAGACAGAUGUCUCCUAUGCCAUCCGUGAAAGCUGGACCCAAGGCCUGUGCCCUUCAUUUUGCCCUAGAGUGCUCAGCCUUCCUGGACCCAGGUAAACAAGGCUCAAGUAGAACCAUCUAGUUUGCUAUCCCCUUCCCCCCAUCUGUUCCUAUUGGAUCCCUUCCAGAUCACCCCAAUGCGUGCAGCAUUAACCCCUUUCCACCGUUCCUUUAGAUCUGUUAGGUUCAUAUCGGUGGCAACUCAUGGCCCAGGUAAUGGCAUGGGGGUGAGGAUAUUCCAUUGCCUAUACUUGAAACUGUGCUAAUGGAUCCCUUUCUUAUUUUGCUGUUCCUCUUGUGGGCUCAUUCCAGGGACAUCUGAUAAUUGGAUCCAGCAUACUAUAUGGAUCCUUGGCCUCAUCCAGCAAGGCAGUUCUAAUGCCUAGUGUGCGUGCACACAUCCAUGUGUACACAGACAUUUUAGAUCUUGAAAUAUGGGCUCUGCUGCAAGAACCUCCAACUUUCCCCUUUCUUAUAUUUUCUGCAACCUCUGGACUUUCUUCUUUAUAUUAUUUUCUGAGCUUUAAAAUAAACUAUUUCUUUUUGA